ACUUAAAAUCCUCCUCCCAAUCCUCCUCUUACUCCCACUCCACCUCCUACACCCAAGCCCAACCCAACCUCCGACUCAUCACCACCACCAAGACAGAACAAAAUGCAGCUCAAAUCCCUCCUCCUAACCCUAGCAACCACCCUCUCCCUCGCAACCGCAGACCUGAUCGAGUACUGCCCCUUCGCGCAGGACAAGACCGGCAUGCUACAGCACGCCUACUGCUGCGACCGGUUCGAGUCGGGGCUGCACACGGAUCUCGCCGUGGAGGGCUUCGGGUGUCAAUCGGUUACGGAGCCUGUGGCAGCGUGUCCGGAUGGCGGGAGUGUGGUAUGCUGUUAUACUAUUAAUACGCAGUUUAUCUGUACGGCGAAUGCGAUUUUGGAGGAUGAUUAGAUUGGUUUUCAUUUGUUCUUCAGGGGCAAGGGGCUAGAGUUCUUGGGUUGAUGGCUUAGUAUUGUAAUACUAAGUAGGGAGGCGAGGUGGUUGU